GGUUGAUGACGGUGUCGGUCAGUCGGCAGUUCGAGGGGUGGCAUCGCCAGUGAUUUCACCUCCCUCACGUCCGCCUCCCGGCUCUGGUUUACCUGUGCUGAAAUUUAAUGACUGGAGGCCUAGACCUACCUGUGUAUUUCUGAGGCCUAGUCGAGUUGCGAAAGGAAAUUCAUGAUGUCUCAACAAGCUCUGCCCAUCCGAUUUCAGGAGCACAUCCAGCUCCCAUCUGUGGGUAUAAAUCCCAGCAACAUCAGCUUCAACAAUCUCACUAUGGAAUCAGACAAGUUCAUAUGCGUAAGAGAGAAGGUUGGAGAGACAAACCAAGUAGUCAUCAUUGAUAUGAAUGAUGCCACUAAUCCCAUCCGGAGACCUAUAUCAGCAGAUUCAGCUAUCAUGAAUCCAGCCAGCAAAGUCAUCGCAUUGAAAGCUUCCAAGACCUUGCAAAUUUUCAACAUUGAAAUGAAGAGCAAGAUGAAGGCUCACACCAUGCCUGAAGACAUAAUUUUCUGGAAAUGGAUCUCAGUCAACACCAUUUCUUUGGUCACAGAAACAGCAGUGUACCAUUGGAGCAUGGAAGGGGAUUCCACCCCUCAGAAGAUGUUUGAAAGACAUUCCAGUUUGACUGGCUGCCAGAUCAUAAACUAUCGAACAGACCCUAAGCAGAGUUGGCUACUCCUCAUUGGUAUCACAGCUCAGCAAAAUCGAGUUGUAGGAGCCAUGCAGCUUUAUUCUGUGGAGAGGAAAGUUAGCCAACCAAUAGAGGGGCAUGCAGCUGCAUUUUCCACUUUCAAGAUGGAUGCCAACCCUGAACCCUCAACCCUUUUCUGUUUUGCAGUGCGAGGCACACAGGGUGGAAAACUUCACAUCAUUGAGGUUGGCCAGCCCCCUGCAGGAAACCAGCCCUUUGUCAAGAAACAGGUUGAUGUCUUCUUUCCACCUGAGGCCCAGAAUGACUUCCCAGUUGCAAUGCAGGUGAGCUCCAAGUAUGAUGUAAUCUACCUGAUCACCAAGUAUGGCUAUGUGCACCUGUAUGACAUCGAAUCGGGCACUUGCAUCUAUAUGAAUCGCAUCAGUGGUGACACCAUCUUUGUGACAGCUCAGCAUGAGACCAGUGGAGGAAUUAUUGGAGUGAAUAGAAAGGGACAGGUUCUGUCUGUCACCCUGGAUGAAGAGACAGUGGUCCCCUACAUCACCAAUGUCCUUCAAAACCCAGAUCUGGCCCUGCGUUGUGCUGUACGAAAUAACCUUGGCGGGGCUGAUGAACUCUUUGUCCAUCGGUUCAACACCCUUUUCCAGAACAAGCAAUAUGCUGAGGCUGCCAAAGUGGCAGCAAGUGCACCAAAAGGAAUCUUGCGAACUCCAGCUACCAUCCAGCAGUUCCAAGCUGUACCAACCACACCGGGACAAACUGCUCCUCUACUUCAGUAUUUCUCAAUCCUGCUUGACCAGGGUCGUCUGAACCAAGUGGAAUCCCUGGAAUUGUGUCGACCAGUGCUUCAACAAGGGAAAAAGCAGCUAUUGGAAAAGUGGCUGAAGGAGGAAAAGCUGACUUGCUCUGAAGAGCUUGGGGAUUUAGUGCGCCCUGUUGAUGCUACAUUGGCCCUUUCCGUUUAUCUUCGGGCCAAUGUACCCAACAAGGUAAUCCAAUGUUUUGCUGAGACGGGCCAGUUCCAGAAGAUUGUCAUCUAUGCCAAGAAGGUCAAUUACACACCUGAUUGGAUCUUUCUGCUGCGAAGUGUCAUGCGUGCCAGUCCAGACCAGGGUGCUUCCUUUGCCCAAAUGCUUGUCCAGGAUGAUCCUCCUCUUGCUGACAUCAAUCAGAUUGUAGAUGUGUUCAUGGAGCAGAAUAUGGUACAGCAAUGUACAGCAUUCCUGUUGGAUGCAUUGAAGAAUAAUCGGCCCAGUGAAGGUCCUCUACAAACUCGACUCUUGGAAAUGAACCUUAUAUCUGCUCCCCAGGUUGCAGAUGCAAUUUUAGGAAACCAGAUGUUCACACAUUAUGAUCGUGCACACAUCGCCCAGCUGUGUGAAAAGGCUGGUCUUUUCCAGCGAGCCCUGGAACAUUAUACAGAUCUCUAUGACAUCAAGAGAGCUGUAGUGCACACACAUCUCCUUAGCCCAGACUGGCUGGUGAAUUACUUUGGCACACUGUCAGUUGAGGACUCCCUGGAAUGCCUCAAGGUCAUGCUUCAGACUAACAUCCGUCAGAACCUUCAGAUUGUUGUCCAAAUUUCCACCAAAUACCAUGAGCAACUAGGCACUCAGGCUCUCAUUGACCUGUUUGAGUCCUUCAAGUCCUAUGAGGGUCUGUUCUACUUUCUUGGAUCUAUUGUCAACUUCAGCCAGGAACCUGAAGUCCACUUCAAGUACAUUCAAGCUGCUUGCAAGACUGGGCAGAUCAAGGAGGUGGAGCGUAUCUGCCGUGAAAGUAACUGCUACAACCCAGAACGAGUGAAGAAUUUCCUCAAGGAGGCUAAGCUCACUGACCAGCUCCCCCUCAUCAUAGUCUGCGACCGCUUCGACUUUGUUCAUGACCUUGUCCUCUAUUUAUACCGUAACAAUCUCCAAAAGUACAUUGAGAUCUACGUGCAGAAGGUGAACCCUUCCCGUCUACCAGUGGUGAUUGGAGGCCUGCUGGAUGUAGACUGCUCAGAGGAUGUAAUCAAGCAGCUGCUCAAUGUUGUACGGGGCCAGUUCUCCACUGAUGAGUUGGUAGAGGAAGUGGAAAAGCGGAAUCGCCUUAAACUUCUCCUUCCAUGGCUUGAGGGAAGGGUUCAGGAGGGGUCCCAGGAUCCUCCCACCCACAAUGCACUGGCCAAAAUUUACAUUGAUUCUAACAAUAACCCAGAAAGAUUCUUGAGAGAGAACCGCUUCUAUGACAGCAAGGUGGUAGGAAAGUACUGUGAGAAGAGGGACCCACACUUGGCCUGUGUGGCUUAUGAACGUGGGCUGUGUGAUCAUGAACUCAUUGCUGUCUGCAAUGAGAAUUCCCUCUUCAAGUCUUUGGCUCGAUACCUAGUGCGACGACGUGAACACGACCUUUGGGCUGAGGUUCUUAAUGAGGAAAACCCCUUUCGUCGGCCCCUUAUCGACCAGGUGGUGCAGACAGCUCUGUCUGAGACUCAGGAUCCGGAGGAUAUCUCAGUCACCGUGAAGGCCUUCAUGACUGCUGAGCUCCCUAAUGAACUUAUUGAGCUGCUAGAGAAAAUUGUAUUGGAUAAUUCUGUCUUCAGUGAUCAUAGGAACCUGCAGAACUUGCUGAUUCUGACAGCAAUCAAAGCUGAUCAGUCUCGUGUUAUGGAAUACAUCAGUCGACUGGAUAACUAUGAUGCCCCUGAUAUUGCCAACAUUGCUAUAAAUUCUGGGCUUUAUGAAGAAGCAUUUGCCAUUUUCAAGAAGUUUGAUGUGAACACCUCGGCCAUCCAGGUGCUGAUAGAGAAUGUGAAGAACCUUGACCGAGCAUAUGAGUUUGCUGAGCGGUGCAAUGAGCCAGGUGUGUGGUCCCAACUAGCCAAAGCUCAGCUAGAUGAUGGGCUUGUCAAAGAAGCUGUUGACUCCUUUAUUAAGGCCAAUGAUCCCUCCAGCUAUAUGCAGGUUGUGGAAACAACACAUCGCACUGGACAUUGGGAGGACCUUGUGCGUUUCCUGCAGAUGGCCCGCAAAAAGACCCGUGAAGCAUAUGUUGAGUCAGAGCUCAUCUAUGCCUAUGCACGAACUGGUCGCCUUGCUGACCUCGAGGACUUCAUUGCAGGCCCAAAUCAUGCAGACAUUCAACGGAUUGGGGACCGCUGUUUUGAGGAUAAGAUGUACGAGGCAGCAAAGCUCCUCUACAACAACGUGAGCAACUUUGCUCGGCUUGCCAUCACACUGGUUCAUCUUAAGGAGUUCCAGGGUGCCGUGGACUCGGCACGGAAAGCUAACUCUACCCGCACAUGGAAAGAGGUAUGCUUUGCCUGUGUGGAAGCUGGUGAAUUCCGCCUGGCCCAGAUGUGUGGACUGCACAUUGUUGUCCAUGCUGAUGAGCUUGAGGAGCUGAUCAACUUUUAUGUCUGCCGUGGAUUCUUUGAAGAGCUUAUUGGGCUCCUUGAGGCUGCACUUGGGCUUGAGCGAGCCCACAUGGGGAUGUUCACUGAAUUGGCCAUCUUAUACUCAAAAUACAAGCCACAGAAGAUGCGGGAACACCUUGAGCUUUUCUGGUCCCGUGUCAACAUUCCCAAGGUGCUAAGAGCUGCAGAACAAGCACACUUGUGGGCUGAGCUAGUGUUCCUCUAUGACAAGUAUGAGGAGUAUGAUAAUGCCAUCUUGACGAUGAUUUCCCAUCCGACUGAGGCCUGGCGAGAAGGACAUUUUAAGGAUGUCAUCACCAAGGUGGCAAACAUAGAACUGUACUACAAGGCAAUCCAGUACUACCUGGAUUACAAGCCACUGCUGCUGAAUGACCUGUUGCUGGUGUUGAGUCCACGUUUGGACCACACCCGUUCCGUCAGCUUCUUCUCCAAGACAGGUCACCUGCAGUUGGUGAAGCCAUAUCUACGUGCUGUGCAGAGCCUCAACAACAAGGCUAUCAAUGAGGCCCUUAACUCCCUGCUCAUUGAGGAGGAGGACUAUCAGGGGCUGCGCACCUCUAUUGAUGCCUUUGACAACUUUGACAACAUUGGCCUGGCACAGAAGCUUGAGAAACAUGAGCUUGUUGAGUUCCGCCGCAUUGCUGCCUACCUCUACAAAGGCAAUAAUCGGUGGAAGCAAUCUGUGGAGCUAUGCAAGAAAGACAAGCUAUACAAGGAUGCUAUGGAGUAUGCAGCAGAGUCUAAGCAAGCAGAGAUUGCGGAGGAGCUGUUGCUAUGGUUUCUGGAGCAGGGGAACCGAGACUGUUUUGCUGCCUCUCUCUUCCAAUGCUAUGACCUCCUCUCUCCAGACGUUGUCCUUGAACUUGCCUGGCGUCAUGAUAUCAUGAAUUUCGCCAUGCCAUUUUUCAUUCAGUUUUUGAAGGAGUACAAGACCAAGGUGGACAAGCUGGAGGAAGCUGAGCAACGGCGGUUGGAAGAAGGUCCUGCUCCAGAAGAGAAGCCUAUUGUUUUUGGGGAGCCACAGCUGAUGAUCACUGCCGGACCAGGAUAUCCGGCAACGGCAUACCCACAGGCCAAUGCAUACCCAGGGAUGCCAAAUGCCUUUGGACAGAUGCCACCCUAUCAAGGAUACAGUAUGUAAUCACAUCAAUCGGUGAAGAUGAUUCUACUGGAAAGAACCAUCACAUCUCUUAGAGUGUGCAAAAAUACCAAGGAAGGAGGUUAUGCUGAAUUGCAUGCUGCCAUUGUUGCUCUUCCAGGCAGUAAGUGCAUAUUGGGACUCAAAUCUUACAGUGCACUAUGGUAUGCACCCCCUUCAUAAUUAUUAUUAUUAUAUCGAGGAGUAUGUGAUGAUUUAAUAAUUUGUCCCAUUUUCUGCAUAUUUUAGUGUUGGAAUCUUCUUCCCCAGAGAAAAUCUUUGAUGAUAUUCAUGGCAUGUACUCAUUCUCUAUAUCUUUCUUAUUGUUUCAAAGGGCUUGAUCCAGUGACAGCCAUGCAUUCCAUCUCUUGUUUAUGCCUAGAUGUGAAGAAGUAAAAUCAAGAAACGAUCCAUCAGAACAUGAUUGAUCGUUGUUAUAUUAUAUGUUUUUGUCGCACUUCUUUUUGUUCAUAGAUUUCCAUCUCCCCCUCCUCCAAGUCUGCAAAUUCUCUAAAUAAAAAUAGCUUUUAAUUG